CCCAACUGGCAGCCUCUCCGCUCCGCCCUCCUUCUUCAAACAGCUCGUACGGCUUCUGGAGACUCGAUCCACUGUAGCCGUGACACAUUUUUACCAGCACAUUUUGUGUUUUCGUGGAAGGGAACUUGGUGUGCUAGCUAGCAGGGAGACAACCUAGCGUGUGUGCGGCGAGCAGCGGUGCACUCUGGGACAUUAAAACUUUUUUUUUCUCCCCCUGAAGCAAGACAAAGUUUAUUCGUGUUCUUCAGAUUUGGGACUCUGAUCUAAAAGAAGCCAACCAGAAGUAAGAAUGGCUGAUACGUCUGCGUCCAGCUCUGGUGCCAACUGCCUGGAGAAGCUGAAAACGUACGUGAAGACCCCAAAAGGUUUUAUCCUCGCUGCAGAAAUACUCAUCAGCUUCAUCAUCAUCAUCUGCUACGCCGCAUCGCUCUAUGGAGGCUACUCGGCUGUGGCCAUCUGCGAGAUGGUCUUCGCUAUGGUCUUUUUUGGCAUCUUUAUGAUGGAGCUGGACAAGCAGAUCCAAGUGGUCAACUGGGUGUGGAGUGAUCUCUUCAGAGCCGGCAUUGGUGCAAUCCUUUACGUCAUCACUUCUCUAGUGUGUGUGAUCGGAGGAGCCGGGGACGGUGCUCGCAUCGCAGGCGGGGUGUUUGGUUUGAUUGCCGCUCUACUGUUUGCGUACGACACCUACACCAUCUUCUUGCAAAUCAAGAGCACCAGGCAGCACACGGCCGCCGCUACCGACGACAGAGUUUAAGAAUUUCAACACAUGUCCCUCCGUUGAGUAUGCAGCGGAACAACAAGAGGACCUUUUUUUUGCAGAAGAGGGGAGGGGAUGAUGGACAGUUUAAAAAGAACAGGUCACAAAUAAAUCCGUGUCACUGUCGGGUGUCAACUGAAGCAAUUUCUUCUUUUUAUGAGGAGGAUGACGGAAGGAGCGCUAUACGCAUCUGUGCUCGCACGUCACUUUGCUAUGGGAGGAACGCCCCUCCAUAAGCCUCAACGCACCACUAAAACUCAACGUGUUAUGCCAUCUUAAAAGGGAAAACUGUAAGUAAUAGGCCAUGUAAGACGUCGCCCGAUGUUGUUUCAGCAGCUUGUGUCAUAUGAAUUUCUACUUUAAAAGGACUACUGCACUUGGUAGUGAUUGUAUCGUUGAAACAUGUGUAUUGGUACCUUACUGAUUAUUUAACAUCAGAUUUGAGUGUCAUUUUUUCCUCAUGAAGCUUUUUUUUUUUUAAUGCUUUAGUUUUUAACCGAUGUCGAUCUCAUUUUCAGUCAUUCUAAAUUUCAGAAUUCUAAACACUUGAAGUCAUGUACCAGCUUCGAUCUAGACAUGUUAGACCGCCACCAUUUGAACCGCUGACUCAUUUUGUUUUGUUUCUAGAGCAUAUUUAGAAUGUAAAAUGACUUUCUGUUCAUUUCUGUAGUCCCUCUAGUUCACUGGUUCCUAAAGUGUGGUACCAAUUGCCAUAUGGGGUACGUGCAUGAAAAUGAAAAAAACAAUUGGCGCCUAACAUUCAAAAUUACCAGUGCACCUGAACGCCUCACAGUGCAAGGAGACCGCAGAAGGACGGAGACAGAGCGGCAAGUUGUUCCUUGAAUCAUAUCAACAAAUAGGUAUGUCUGAAUGAUUACUUUGUGCAUUUAUAGUGUUUCAUUAUGAAGAUUUAAUUCAAAUUGGCGUUCUAAUUAAUCCCCACACGGCCAGGUAGUGGUUCUUUUAGAGUUGGGACGUCAUUUCAACGUCAAAACUAGCAAACUGCUUUCAGUGCUGCUCCUCGGACAAAUUGCCGCUGCAUUCAGGAACACUAGUAAAUCACAGAAAACACACCCAAACAAGCACACGCAGCCCAAAAUAAAUGAUAUUUACAAAAUAAACCACUUGUUGCUCAUACAGCAAUAAGACAAUGUUAUAAAAACAGGCGUCGAUGUUAAACAAACCUUGGUACAGAUACUGCUGUAUCAUGAUUUUGACUUUCCCCUUUAAAUGGGUAUGAAAUGAAUACGCCGACUUAAACCAUAGCCAGUGGACAAAAAUGGCGGAGCUCAAAUUAAGUCAAUUCAAAGAGAAGGAUACCAACAUCAGAGUGGAAUAAAAUAUAUCAGCAAGUUGUCACUAUGCAAAAUACACAUUUUUGACACGGAAUUGUUAUAAAAUCGAUUAAUUAUGUUAUCAAUACCUCAACGUAAUUAUAAUGAAUAUAAGUGUGCAGGAGUAGGGGGGUACAUGGCUUCAAGUUACAGUCACGUGACUGUAAAAAGUCUGGGAACCUUUUUAUUCAAGCUGUCUGUGGACACAUGUCACAUAUUAUUUAGUGGAAUUAUUUGAUUUGAAUAAUGAGAUAUGGAAAUGUGUGACUUUUUAUCUUCUUUGUUGGUGGUUUAUUCAAGAAAACGUUGCUUUAUGUUGCUUUAUAACAUGCUUUACAAGAGUCAUCACAAUGUAAUAUCACAAGUCAAAGUAGCUGUGUUUUUGGGAAAUAAAAGCCAUUGUUGCAACAAAGGAAAACGCCCUUGU